AUGGACCCGGACAGGGCCAAGAAGGGCCCGUCUCGAAUUCCGCAGCUCACAGGGCCGCCUAGGCAGACAACCAGGCGCAUUGAGCUGUCGCGGCCAGUUGACAAUGUUAGGCCUAAGGCCGCCACCAAACCAGCAGCUCCUGUGAGAUCGAAGCCCGCCUCCAGACUGGGGGCCACGGCUCCGAAGCAAGGAGCAUCGUUGGAAGCCAAACCCAUGGCCAGAAAGCCUGCCACCGUAAGGGCUCUGCACACAGCACCCUCUGCACCAGUUUCACGAGAGGGGUCGCUGCUGAGAAAGGCUGCUCCUGAUCGGGACGCUCUUUUGUCCAGGCAGGGGUCAGGCACCCGGCAGAGUAUGGCUGCCUCUAGCACAGUGCCAGCAAGCCGGUCCGGUACGGGCCUGGCAAAGAUGGCAGCAGCAAAACGACCAUCGUCUUCUGCCAGCAACAGAUCAACAGGCGGAGUGCCAACAAACAAGUGGAAUGCCUCAGUGGCCAGGACACCCUCAACAGGUGCCAAACUGGGCCUCAGUGGAAGGUUUGGAGCCUCCAGGGAAGCGGCCUUGUCAAAGAAAGCAGCCCCUGUCAGGGAUGCUGCAGGUGCCAGGCUGCAGCCCAAUGCAAGACCUGCAUCUGUGGGCAAGCAAGAGGCAGCCAUGAGGCAGCCUGGCGGGCUGAGGCGCCCAGUUGAGACACCGGGGGAGGGCUCAGCUGUGGCUGGUCAACCCACAGAGGGCCUCAGGAAAGUAGGACCUUUUGGUCACAGGUCUGCUCUUCAGCAGCAUGCCCCAGGCCUUCGCCGUGCGGCACAGGAAGGCAGCCACGGCGUGGGGCAGGGCAAGCUGAGCUCUGGCCUGAGAGGUAGUCUGAAGGCGCAGGAGGCAAGCCAACAAGCAGAACUUUCUGGACGACUGGAUGGCAGCGAGUCAAAAUCUGCUCCACAGCAACAGGCUGUGUCGAGGCUGAGAGGAAUGACGAGCACUAGAGUGCAGGCCACGUCGCAAGUAAGGGAGCCUUCGUUCCGCUCCACAUGGGCAGACCCUGCCAGCAGUGACAGUUUCAGGUCGAUGCUCACCUCGCCAGGCCGUUCAGCCAUCCGGUCUCCCGAUCGCUCCUCGUCUAUUUCGACUGACGAGAUCAGUGACACUCCAAACAGUGGAGAACAGCCACUUUCUGCUGCAGAACUGAUGCGAAAUAGCACCAAUCCUUUCGUCAUAGGGCCGAUUGAAGGCAGUGGUGCAGGCGGCUCGCGACCGAAAGCAGCUUAUCGGGCUGUGAAACGUGGAAAUGGGCAGGCCCUUUCUGCCCAACAUCUGGCUUCCAGAUGCAGCACAGAGCCAAGUGCCCAUCCAGACCUGGAUGCUGAAACGAGCUUCACUGGGAGUGAGCAGUCCAACGUGGCCUUCACACCAAGUUGCAGGAAUGGUGAAGAGGAAACGAGAAGGAGGGCAUAUCGCGGAAGGUCAUGUGUGUCAGUGUGCUCAGAGGGCGGGUUUUCCGAUGAGCUGGCUAUGCGACAGGACUCAAGGCUGAGUUUUGCCUUGGAGUCAGUCCCGAGCACCUAUGGGGACUCUGAUGAAGACUUACCUGCAGGUCGGCACUCUGUGAGUAAGAACAGUACACAGAGCAGUGCAACAGGCGAGCUUUCUUUGAAGGACAUGAAUGGAUCCCACAUCCGACGACCCAAGAGUGUGGAUUGUCUGAAGGGUAAUCAAGGUGCCACAGCAGGCUCGUUUCCAUCCAGGAAUGGAGGUUCAAGCCCAUUUGGAACCUCACCCCUCAAGAUGCCUUCGUUGGGUCCAGCGCAUCCUGUGCGCCUGUCCAUUGACUUGUCGCCCACAGGAGACAAUUCAGCGCCAUCGGCCCAGAGCGAAGGGGAUUCGAAGUCUGCAAGCUUGCUAAGCAUCGGUUCCGUUACCAGUCUUCCAGUGCGCACAGAUGAUGGAUUCAUGGAGCAGCUUCACAAGGAGAUCGAGGCCCUCAAGGCGGACAACUCGGCUCUGACUGCUCAGGUCAAGGACCUUGAGGCCAAGACUGGGGCAGUAGCCAAGGGGGUCGUCUCAGGCCUGAAGCAGGAUGUGGAAAACUUGCAAACAGAGAAAUCUAAACUGCUUCAGGCAAUGGAGGCGAUGAAAUUGGACAAGCAGCGCAUUCAGGCAGAGCUUGCACAGUCACAGGAGGAGGUCAAGUGCGUCCUGUCAGAAACACAAGAUGCAGAUGCAGAGGUGCAGGUGUACCUCAAGCGCUUGGAAGAGGCUCAUGGCCGAAAGGAGCUGCUGGAGAGGGACCUCCACUGGUCAGAAGGAGAGCUCAGCAAGCUGCAGGCCGAAAAUGCCAAUCUCCAGAAGAGGUUUCUGGAGCUUGAAAGUGCAGCAGAAGAAAACAAGCGGUUGUCUGAUGACAACAUGCAGCUCAAAGAGAAACUCGAGGCAGAGGCCCAAGCAAAACGAGAUGGUUUGGAUGAAUCUCACCAGGCUGUUAACAAAUUGGCCAAAGAGCUUCACCUGGUGCAGGAAACCCUCAGUUCAGUACUGGAAGAGAAGGCGUCGCUGAUAGAGCAGCUGGCUCGGUCUCCAAAGACACCUGUGGAGCAACAGUCUUCUGGUGACGAGUCACCUGACGCAUCAGCAGGCGGUGCCACUGUGCAGAAGGUCACCCAGCUCCAGGAUGCUCUGUCCCUCGCGCUCGAGGUGAACAGGUGCAUGAAGGAACGCAUGGAGAAGGUCAGUGACAGGAACAGCACCGCAACCUCACUGGACAGCGACUUUGCAGAGUCACAGGCAGAGAUGGACAAGGGGACGAUGCGCAAGGUGAAGGAGCUGCAACAGGCCCUAGACCUUGCACUGGAGGCACAGGACUUGCUGGAGAAGAGGGUUGCUGAACAUGAGGAGGUGCACCCUGGCUUAGAGCGGCUGAGCGAGGAUCUUCAGAACCUGAAGAUCGAACUCGAUGAGGAGAGAAGCAGAGCUCAGGACGAACGGGAGUCACUGCAGGCCAUGAUUCAAGAGCUGGAGAAUGAUAAUAGAAACAAGAUGAAUGACCUGCAACAGGCACGCGAGGAGCUCUCCGCGGCGGUGGACGCCAGGCGCGCAGCCGAGGCGCUGCUGCACGACGAGAGGGCCGCCAGCGAGGGCCUCAAGGACCUGCUGGAAAACCGCCCCGCCAAGAACGGCCAGGACUUCGUCGACCUGGAGUCCGCGGCGCAGAGGGGCCUUGGCGGGUCUCCGGCGCUGGGGUCCGCCCUGGACGUGGACCCGUCGGGCGGUUCGCCCCUUAGCGCCGCCAAGCUGCGCGCCCCCGCGGAGUUCGGCGACGAGGCCCAGCUGCGCCGCGCGGCCGUUGCCGCCGUGACCCGCCUCGAGGAGAUGGAGCAGGAGUUGAGCAACGCGGUGAAGGAGAAGUGCGACCUCGCGCAGCAGAUGGUGGACAUCAGCGUGGCCAGCCAGGAGCUGCAGAAGGUGGUGUUGGAGACGGCGCAGAUCACGUCGGAGAUGUCGAUCAGCAAGGAGCGCCGCGGCGGCAAGGCGCGGGGCGCCCCCCCCUUGGACGGGGCGGCCCUCGAGGCCAGCGGCGCGGAUUUCGACGUGGAUCUGUCCGGCGCGAGCGACGCCGAGGACGUGUCGAUCCCGGCCGGCCAGCUGCGCGGGAUGCGCAACGAGAUGCGGCGCGCCCUGCAGGAGAAGAUCAGCCUGGAGGCGGAAUUGGCGGAGCGGGCGCGCAAGACAGCGGGGAUCUCCGACGAGCUGAAGGGCUUGCAGGCGGAGCUGAAGGCCGCCCUGGCGAUGAAGGAGGACCUGAGCUGCCGGUUCCAGGAGCACCAGGGCGCCAAGGCGCAGCUGGGCGAGGAGAACGUGCGCCUGGUGCGGGAGCUGGAGAAGGAGAGGGCCGCCAAUGCGGCGGUGGAGGACGCCGUGGGCGGCCUGUACAGGCUGUGCAAGGAGGUCGAGUCCGCCGCAGACAUCGAGGCCGUGGGAAGGAGUAGGGACGACGAGUUUCCGGCCAGCCUGCCAGAAGCCGUGGUGCACAUCACUGGCAGGGUGAGGGAGGGGAUCUGCGCACUGGCGUCCCGUGGGCGCGCCAGCCCUCCUGAGGCGCCUGCGGGGAGGGACUGGGCUGGCAGCGAGCCCGGAACGCCCAACCUGGGCGCCAAGGUGAGGUUGGGGCCCCCCAUGGGCAGUGACUUGAUCCUCGGGGCGUCCAGGGCGGUGGACCUCCAGGUUCAGAUGCCGGAGCUGCAGGAGGUGCUGCAGGAGCAGGCGUGCAUGGCGGGGGCCGGCAGGCCGGGGUCUCAGACAGGCAGCCCGAUGGCCGCGUCCAGGGGGCCCAGGUUCGGGUACAUGCCGGGCCGGGAGCUGCAACGCGUGAUGUCAGAGGGGGGCAGCAGGUGGCGCGAGAUGGGGGCUGUGCAGGCAGUCGCACCUGCGCCCGACGGAUUGACCCAGAAGCUUAUGGGCCUGCAGUCCAGGGCGCAGGAGUUGGAGACGUCUCUCCUCGAGGUGAAGAUUGAGAACGCUGAGUUGAAAAGGGCGAUUGACCAGGUCCAUGGCAUCGCCAGAGGAAAGAGCAAGUGA